AGCUCGUUGUGUCCCCAGGAUGAUGGGAAACAAGAUCAUUUUUAACGUCGUGGGGACAGCAGCCCCCCAACCCUCAACCCCCACCCCUUUUUUUUUACAGAAACUUUACUUUUACAAUAACUUUCAUUAUAAAAACUCAAAUAAGCCAAAGCUGUUGGUUCCUGUGGUUAAGAUUAAGACUCAGAUUAUCUGUUCAGCAUUUUGCUAGACAUGGAAGUGCGUGCACGCGCGCGCGCGACUGCGUAUGGAGAGGGCAGUGCUUAGCUGCGCUGGGAGAAGCACUGGGCAGAAGACACACCCACCUACUUUGGGAGAAAGACCUUCUACGUGUGGCUUCGGCCAAAAGUGAGAACAGUCUGAGGAAAGCUGAGCUCAGAGUGAGGACUGAGGGCCAGAACAGGCCGCGCUGAUCCGGAAUCCGCCUUCAGCAACCCUGAAAAAUGCGCAUAUUAACGCGCAUCGACCCCUUUAAGACUCGCAAACUGUGCGUUUAAACGUGGAGUGACCGCAGCAUUUACUUCUCAAGUCUUCGUCCUGUGUGUGGUGACGCACUGAGUAAAGCUGUUGUGGAUUUAUUGACGGACCCAGGUGGCGGGAAGAAAGUUUUUAUAUUAUUAUUAUUAUUAUUUUUCUUUUCUGGAUGGUCAGAAUGUAUAUUUUCUUCAGUGAUGUUGCUGAAUCCGCGAAUGAGUGAGAAGAGAUCUUUUGCUGGAGCGUAAAGCGUUUUGGUUCGCCUUCUGCGUGGAUUGGGUCUCUGCUUCUCUCUCUCUCUCUCUCUCUCUCUCUCUCUCUCUCUCUCUCUCUCUCUCUCUCUCCUUCAGAUGGCGUCGUAGCAGAAGAACCCCCCUCUCUCCACACAUACACAAAGAAAAGUCAUCCAAACAGCAGCCGGUCUGGAUAAAACUCCUUCCAAACUUAACUCUUUUCCAGUCUAAGUGAAAGCAACUGGACACUGACCAUCGCCCCUGAAGACGGACUUCCACUCGUUGCCUUUCGCUGAAAGGAAUGCUGAGCGUAAGGGCCUGGAAGGAUGCUGUCUCUGAAGGGCACUUUAGCAGCUGGGGCUUUGCUUUUGCUUCUACUCUUUUGUCCUGCAUUUGGCCAAGAACUCAAUCCAAAGGGCAGGAAUGUGUGCAGAGUGCCAGGGACACCAACGUUUGUGUGCUGCAGUGGUUGGGGACAGCAAGGAGAUGAGUGUUUAACACCACUCUGUGAGGGCAAUUUCACCUGCAAGGAGAAUGAGGUGUGUGUCCGGCCAAAUGAAUGCCGCUGUCGUCAUGGAUAUUUCGGAGCCAGCUGUGACACCAAGUGCCCUGCUCAGUUCUGGGGUCCUGACUGCAAGGGCAAAUGCACAUGCCACCCCAACGGAAAGUGUGACGAUGUGACGGGCAAGUGCACAUGCCACCCCAACCGCUGGGGCGAGAACUGCGAGAAGGCAUGCCCCUGCCAGAAAGGCAAGUGUGACCAGGAGACGGGCAAGUGCACGUGCCAUGCGGGCUUCUGGGGGCCUCACUGCAGCAACAACUGCUACUGCAGCGUUAACUCAGUGUGUGACCAGAGCACAGGUCGCUGCAUCUGCAACACCGGCUGGUACGGGCGCAACUGUGGAGCUCAGUGCACCUGCAACAACUCGCCCUGUGAGCAGUUCACCGGCCGCUGCCAGUGCCGAGAGAGGCUGUGGGGGCCCAACUGCGACCGUUACUGCCAGUGCGUCCACGGGAAGUGCAACCAGGCGGACGGUUCGUGCACCUGCAAGCCGGGCUACAGGGGCAAGUUCUGCAGGGAGCCGUGCCCGGCUGGGUUCUACGGGCAGAACUGCAGGAACAAGUGUGGUCACUGUAAGGGUCAGCAGCCAUGUAAGGUCACAGAAGGACGUUGUGUUACCUGUGAGAGAGGCUGGAACGGCACCAAGUGUGACCAGAUGUGUGCUCCGGGCUUUUUUGGGGAGAACUGCAAAGAGGAGUGUCCACCAUGCAAAGAUGGUCACUACUGUGAUCGCAUCAACGGGAAGUGCUCUCACUGCAAUCCUGGCUGGAUCGGAGAUCGCUGUGAGGUUCGCUGUCCCAAUGGCACCUAUGGGGAUAACUGUGCGAAUGACUGCAGCCACUGCUUUAACGGCGACUGCCACUUCGCUACAGGAGAGUGCUUGUGUGACCCAGGCUUUUACGGGACAUAUUGCAACCUGACUUGUGAGUUUGGCCAGUUUGGGGUGAACUGCGCACAGACCUGCCUGUGCCACGAUAAAAACUGCAACCCGGUGUCUGGAGAAUGCAAUCUAUAUCCUAACCAGCGGAUGGGUGUGAUAGCUGCGGGGACGCUGGUAUCCUUUCUGCUGCUCAUCCUCCUCUCUCUGCUCUGCUGCUGCUUCCUCUGCAGCAACAAAAACCACAAUAGUCCAGACCAGGACAGCUCUACUAACAGUAAGAAGGCCAAGAGAAUCCUCUGUGGACGGUUCAGCCGAAUCAGCACAAAGUUACCCCGAAUCCCCCUCCGGAGACAGAAGCUGCCCAAAGUUGUUGUAGCCCACCACGACCCCGAGAACACCUUCAACUGCAGUUUCAUCGAGCCCCCCUCCGUCGCCGAGCAGCCGACCCCAUCCUGGUCCUCCCAGGAGUCCUUCUCCUCCUUCGAGACAAGCGAGGACGGCCCUGUUUACUGCGUACCCCAUGAAGAUACCAUAAAUGAGGGUAAUGUGAAGCCCAGUCCCAGUGCCACCCCAGAGAAUGCUGUGUCCGUUACUGAGGACGAUGCUGGAGAAUACACGUCUCUCAAAGACACAAGAGCAGCCACGAAGCAACCUGUCAAUGAUGGCAGCGAGCAACCUCUGCUGAAGUCUUCAGAUAGCGAGGGCUCCACAAGCGGAUCAGAGACAGCUAUGGGGGCUCUUUAUGCCCGAAUCGCUCGCCUUUCCAAGCAUUCCAAAGAGGAGGAGGACAGUGCAGCUGAAGCCAAAGCCAAUGACAAGGCCCCAUCUCCAGAGAGGACCAAACCGCGCCCACCAGACCCCUCUACCAAGCCCAAAGUGUCUUGGAUCCAUGGAACAUCUGGAUCCAACCAAUCAGAGAAAGGCCAGGCGCCUUCCCCACCCAAAGAGAAGAAAAGAAGCUCAACUGAAGGCUCUGGAAAGGGUGAGGAUAAGCAGCGAUCAAAGGAGAAGUCGAGCAAGAAAGGUGAGCAGAAGAACGCAGACGCUAAGAAGGGCGAUGGAAACGAAUCGCCAAGCAAGACCAAAGCCCACAAAGCUUCUGACCCCAUUGAGCACAUCAAUGGAGCAGUUCAGAACGCUUUAAAGAAGAUCGGAAACUUCCAUUCCGAGAGGAAAGGGGGUGAUACUACCAAAGAGCCGCCCAAAAGCCCAAAGAUCAUGCCCCCUCACAUGAACUCUGAGGCGGCUACUCUUCUGGCUGCUCAGCUGAAGGAGAAGACCCAGAGCCUGAACCGUAAUGAAGGUCUCUCAAUUGGUGUCAAACCAAAUGGAGUGUCCACCCCACAGGCCAACCGGGAGAAGCCCACGCCACCCCAGAAGGCCAAGCGCUCAGUAACUGGAGCCAACAAAGCCCUUCUACCCACCUCUACUAACCUUCAGAAGAUGGUGGCUCCUAUAACAGACUCCACUACCCCUGAGCCCAAAAGCCCAGAAAAGCAGGCCUUAAAUGGGACCAGAGUAGGAGAUGCAGGAGACCCAACACCAAAGAAAACGCCCAUUAAAAAACCACCCAGGAAGAAAGGCAAGGAGGGAACAGCAGAGACAGAAGCUAAGGCCACUCCAAAGACGGCCAUUAUGCCACCUCAGUUUGUCAAAUAGAUGCAGUUUUCCGAAAUUACUGGGAUGAACACGCAGUGCCUACCGGUAGUGAAUGAAAGAGUUCACUUAAUACUUUCUCGUUUCUUGCUCAUGAUAAACAAACAAUGAGCUGCAUACCGGAUUUAUUCUUCUGAAGGAUUUGUUUGUUUUUGGUUUUUUUUUCUAUUUUUUUUGAAGUCCAGGAUGAGCUUGGAGAAGGAACAGUCACUGGUUAACAUGUCGUGCCUUGAAAGUUUUACAGUUUGUACAGUUUUGAAAGGAAUUCAGCAGUAUUAUAGUUCUAAAAGGAUUUAAAGUUAUGUAAUAAGCUUAUUUUAUAUUCCAGCAUUCCUGCAUUUACCAAACUACAUUCACCAUGAUUCCAGGUCAUCCUGUGUUCUAACAUUAUGACCAAACAAAAGCCUUUUUUCUGCUUAUCAACAGGUCUCCAACAUUAGCAUUUCUCUCAUUGUGAAUAGAAAGGUACUAUGGUUAAUCAUAGUGGUGCAAUGCAAACAGUUCCCACCACUGUCAUACAGUUUGCAGAUGCUGUCAUUCCAUAACAAUGCUCUGUUUAUAUUCACAUAUUUCUCACAACCUAUUGAGCCCCUAUGGUGCAGUUUGUAAUUAAAUCAGAAUAGCCUUGCGGAGGCUGAAGCUUUUAAACAUAAACGUGACCCAAGACGACACUUGUCGCCAAACAUGCACUAAUUAGCUUUUAUCAGGUUAGCAACUCGUGAGUCAGUGGGUUUCUCUCAGUUUCCAGUUUAGAAUCCGUGUUGGUUUGUUACGGUAAUAUGUGCUCUAUCAAAUCGUGGAGAGUGCAGUGUUCCUUUCCAGUGAAUAGAGGUCCAGCAGCUGUUUAGACACACUGAUUUUAGGUGCUUCUCAGCAAUUAUUGCGAAAUUGCUUGGUGAAGAGACUUUUAACUGUAAUCACUUUGUCUAGACUAGGGGUGUAAAAAUGCAUCUGGCACUUUUGGAAUAUUAGAAUUUAUUAUAAUUGUAUUCAAUGAAGUCAGCACUCGUUCUUUAGCCAAAAAUAAGAUUCUCAGACUGGUCAAACAUAAUCCAAUAUAACAGUCCAUAAAAAUACUCAGUGUAUUGCUUUUAUUGUCUGUAUUCCACCACUGUAAGUCACCAAGUCGUUUGUUGUUUGCAGAGCUGAGUGACGUUACAGAUUUUCAAAUAACGAUACCUUGACUUUGAUAGCAAUUCCUGCACGAUAGUUUUCUUGAUAACUCUGGUAACACUUUAUUUGGAUAGUCCACUUCAGAUGCGUUGUAGAUACUUCAUUAACUUUCAAGUUACAUUCAACUAAAUGACACCAAACCUGGCUCGAAUCCUAACCCUAACCUUAACCUCAACCCAAAACCUAAACCCAACCCUCACCCUGGUCCAAACUCUAACCCCACAACUGUUUAGAAUCAACUGAGUUUCAACAGAAGUUUUUCAACAAUUUGAACAUCUGCAGAUGAUCUAUAGGGGACUAUAGUGGACUAUCCAAAUAAAGUGAGACCAUAACUUCUUUUAAAAACAAAAAUCUAUGUAUAAAAACAUUAUGGGCCCUGUGUACAUACAUUUGCUGGCACAGCAUAAAAUAUACCUUGAUGUGACCACAGUAUGUGCUCACAAUGCGCCUGAAUUUAACGUUUGAUUUACUAAGACUGAAGCUUAUCAUGCAAACUGCACAUAGCCCCGCCCACUAACUGCCUACCUGUGAGGUGCAGGGUUUAAAAGGUGCAGAAAAUGAAAGUUUAAUGAUGAAGGGAUAGCGUUAAUAAAUAGAGUUAAUAAAUCGUAGUUGUCAGGACGCAAUAAACUCUCUAGCCAUAACACUCUAUAGGGAGCUAUUCUGAUGGGAAGCAUUCUUUCAGCAUAUGUGUGAGGCUCAAGCCUCUGUCUUACUGCUGUGCCUGCUGCCAUUACUAAAGGAAGCCUCUUUUGAGACCCUACGGAGCAAAACCAGCCACCACACGUUGUUCAAGCUUCAGUAAAUUGAGUGGAAUAUGUCCACAGUCGCACAUGUAAAAUCUCUAUCGACUUUUUGCACCAUCCUCCCACAUUUCACACAGCCUUCCCUCAAGUUCAUAAGCAGGAGAAGUGCAUAUUGCAUUUUACCAUGCAUGCUGCCCAUAAACUGUGUUGAUGCACGUUUGUCAGUUUCAUACAUAAUGCGCAGGCAGCAUGCAUCCAAUUGGUGACUGAAACUGGUGCACACUAGUGCAUUAGGCCCUUUAUAGAUCAGAGGUCGGCAACAUGCAGCUCCGGAGCUGCAUGCGGCUCUUUUACUGCCCUGUUGUGGCUCCACAGCA